UCCCGCAGAAUCAGAAACGCAACAGAAGCCGAUAAGACGCGUUUGUUUUAUCAGCUCCCCGUUUGAAGGCACCCGUGGGAUGAAACUAUUUUAUCAGCACUUUUUUGAAGUCGGAGACGUAUAAGGAGAUAACCCGCGAUAUUUGUCAGCCGAAAUUGAGGAGUUUGUUUUUCAUGGAUCAGCCCGUUUCAUGCGACUAGACAUCCUCCAUCUGUCCGAUCUGCACGACAGCUCCGGGACGGCGGUGGACAUCACUGGACGUUUACGGAUAAAGACUGGACGACACGCUGUGAUUUGAAUGCCUUUGCCGGGACUUUGCUGGCUUGUGUGCUGCAGACAAGGCUUCAGUUUGCUGGCUCGGGAUCAUGGGGAGAAAGAAGAGGAAGAGUCUUUCGAGUUACGCAAUCAGGACGAACACACACACACGGGACGGGGGCAACUAGAGGUCACUCUGUCUCAGCCCACUCGAUCAGCCAACGGCACUCCUUGUCUGUCGGGAGUUCCUGAGGAGAAAAGAAGUCUGAUCACACAGAAGACUAAGAUGACGAUGGAUGAAGACCCUGAGGUGGUCGUAAAGGGCUGGCUCCUGCGGGAGGUGCAGGGAGGUUGGCUUCGGCAGAGGAGGUUCUGGUUUGUGUUAACGUCCGAUUCUCUUGACUACUACAGCGGCCCGGACAGAGAUGCUCGGAGACUGGGAACGCUUGUACUCACAUCGCUCUGUUCAGUGCUGUGGCCUGAUAAACACACCUAUAAACAGACAGGUUACUGGAGUCUGACUGUAUAUGGCCGCAAGCACUGCUACAGAUUAUUCACAAAGCACUACAAUGAGGCGGUGCACUGGGCGUGUGCCGUGCAGAAAGUCAUCGACAGCAAAGCGCCGGUGGAGACGCCAACACAGCUCCUCAUACGUGACAUUGAGGAGAAUAAAUUCAAUCCAGAGGUUGUGGAGCACAUUUAUCAACAUAAUCCCAUCCUGAGGUACACGCAGAGCCCACUGUACGCCCCACUGCUGCCUUUCCCCUACGGCAGCCUGCAUCACACACACAUGGCCAGCAAAGGCUACACAUCGAUCCGCGAGGAGGCGGUGAGGCUGUUUAACUGUCUCCAGCAGCUGGAAUCAGCCCGUGAGCCCAUUCCUCUCAUUCAAGGGAUUCUGCAGACCUGCCUGGACCUCCGACCGCUCCGAGACGAGCUCUACUGUCAGCUCAUCAAGCAGACCAGCACCACCAGCUCACGAGUGCAGACGCAGACAAACCCCAACCCACAGCUCAGAUAUUGGCAACUGCUCACCUGCAUGAGCUGCACCUUCCUGCCAAGCUGCGGCAUCCUCAGAUACCUGCGCUUCCACCUCAAGAGGGUUCAGAGUUUGAGUGUGGACCCAGAAGUGGAGAGCUAUGCGUCCUUCAUUGGCCAGGCUCUAGAGAAGACCCGAGGCAGAGAGUGUGUGCCCUCGUGGGAGGAGAUUCAAGGGCUGAUGGGAAGACAGGAGAUACUGUGUACUGUGCAUUACCCUGGACCAGGCUGCUGCCAGAUACCCAUCACCUCACACACCACAGCUAAUGAGGUGGUGAGGAAGAUGGCGGAGCGCCUCGGGCUGCAGGACAGCCGAAACACGUUUGGUCUUUUUGAGCAGAAUGCAUGCUGGGAAAAAGCUAUAGGAGGCAGCACAAUAAUCGCUGAUGUCAUCACCAGAUUUGAAAAUUUGUCAGCUAAAGAUCCAGACUCUGACUGCCAGUGCAGACUCUGCUUUAAACUCUACUGUCUGCUGGACACAGAAAACAUCAGUACAGACAGCAUUGAGUACCUCUUCCUCUAUGAGCAGUGUCAUGAGAUGGUGGUGCGAGGGCAGCUGCCAGCUUGUGAGGAAGAUCUUCUUUCACUGGCGGCGCUGAGGCUGCAGUAUCUGCUGGGGGAUUUCAGCGCCCUCUCUCCGUACCCGGCGCUAGAGCAGCUCUUUCCAGCAGAGGUGGUGGAGGCCCGAGCCCUGCUGGCCCCCGUCGAUCCCCCCGGCUGCCCGUCCUUCCCUGGGGGUCUGCUGGCUGGGACGCUGUGGGGGCACAAGCGACGACAGGAACAGGACCAAAGGCUGCGGGCCAGGCUGAGGGAGGAGGGGGCUGUGGUGAUGUCCACUAUUCUAGAGCGCUGGAAAGCCCUGGUGGGAUACAGUGGCAGGGACAGCAUGGCUGCUUAUCUUACCAUUGCCCGGCAAUGGUCAGGGUUCGGCUGCACACUCUAUGAAGUGGACUUUUAUAUAAGCUCAACAGGAAGCUUCUCUCAGAAGUUGUGGCUGGGUGUAGCGGCAUCCUGCGUGACUCUGUAUCGUCAGGGCGAGGCUGAAGCGCUGGAGUCUCUGCCCAUCACUCAGAUCUGCUCAUAUGGAGUGUCUGAUAGCAACACGUUCAGGAUCACUGCAGGAGAUCGAGACCUGCUCUUUGAGACCACCAAGCUGACUGAGAUCAUGCAGUUGAUGAAUGCUUACUUCAGUGCCACUCGUCGCCAGCUAGGCAAAGAUGACUGCAUCUCCCUCGAAACGAACCCCAAACUCCACCCGUCUCUAUUUGAGCUGCCAUCUCACCCGGUGUGAAGAGUGAACGACACACACUCACACACAUGCACACACACAUAUAUAUGCAGUCCUGGCUGUUUGCAUCCCUGUAAAGAGCUUCGCUGAGAACUCAGAUGAGACUGAAAGGAGCAGAUGCUGUGGAAAUGGAGGGAGUCAGGAGAGCCACAAACAGGAGAGCAGCUUCAGGAACUCAAUUGCUACACCGCCAACAGAAUCCCAAAAAGGACACAGGGGGCCUCAGCAGUCCCCUGCCAUCUGGGAGCCCGUCAAAUGUCACCGAGAGGAAUGUAAGAGCGAGUCCAGAAAUGGAAGGUGCGAAAAACAUCAUAUUUGUUUAAAGGGAUGGCUCACUCAAGAAUGAACAUGCUGUCAUUGUUUGCUCGCUGUACAAGUUUUUGCAGAGCUGUAUGAAUUUUGGAUUUCUGCUGUAUGCCGAAGAAGAUAUUUUGAAGAAUGUGGAUAAGCAGUGUUUUGUACAGGGAAUUCUUUAUAAUUUGGCCUCUAAGUUGUUCCAAACUUGUUCUGACUUUUUUGUAGAACACAAAAUAAGUCUUUAAUCUAUUCAAUUACAGCAGGGGUGUCCAAACUCGGUCCUGGAGGGCCGAUGUCCUGCAGAUUUUAGCUCCAACUUUCCCUUAGCACACCUGCAAAAUGUUUCUAGAAAUCCUAAUAAGAGCUUGAUUAGUUGGCCCAGGUGUGUCUGAUUGGGGUUGGAACUAAACUUUGCAGGACACACGGCCCCCAGGACCAAGUUUGAGCACCCCUGAAUUAAAGUUAAUGGGGUAAACAGUUUUUUGGACCCUAUUGACUUCCAUUGCAGGGGAAAUAAAUUUGGGAUGUUUUUUAUUGUUAUUGGCAAGGUGAAAAAGUCAUUUAGGUUUGGUGUCAUUGGUAUCGACCAGACACUGACUUGGUGCCAAAAUUCAUCGGAAUAUCUUCUAUCAUCUUCUUCAGUAAAGUUCAUACAGUUUUAAGUUAAACGAUUACAGAAUUUCACUUUUGGGUGAACUAUUCAACCUGUAUGUUUGAAAUAUUUGCUUAAAUUCUUUAAAACAACACGAAUUGUCAUUUACUUUAUUUGAAAAUUAUAAAUGCAUUUCAUUUUGUGAAAUUUGUGAAACACAGAGUAUAAUUUUAAUAACUUUUCAAGGAGUUUACCUUAAAUUAAAGGGAUAGUUCACCCAAAACAAAAAUUUACUUGCCGUUUCAUGUUAUCUGAAACCUGUUGGAGUUUCUAUUUUGUGUUGAACACAAAUGAAAACAUUCAGAAGACAUUGACGUCCACAGUAGGCCAAAAAAAACCUUAUGAAGGUCAGUGUCUACCGUUUUCCAACAUUAUUCCAAAUAGCUUAUUUUGUGUUCAACACAUGAAAGAAACUCAAACAAGUUAUGGGGAAGUAAAUCAUGCACUAGAAAAAACAAAAAAAAAAAAGCUUUUUUUACCUAGAGUUUUUGUCUUGUUUCUAGUCCCCAAAAAAAUUCAGAAAUCAAGAAGUUUCUAGACAAGCAAAACAUAUUGUCUAAUUUUUGGAACUAAUAUGCAAAAAUUACAUGAGUUUUUCCUUAAAAAAAAAAGCUAAAUAAUCCGUCAAUGGGGUAAGCAAAAUAAUCUUAUGUCGAAAGCAAAAACAAGAUUAUUUUGCUUGUUUUAAAGAAAAACUCACUUCAUUUUGGCAUAUUAAUUCUUUAAACAAGACUAUAUGCUUUGUUGUCUAGAAAAUGCUUCUUGAUUUAAGAAUUUUUAGAUAUUUGGACUAGAAACCUGACAAAAACUCUAAGUAAGAAAAGCAUGUUUUGCAGUGUGACAGUGUGGCAGUGUGACAGGCAGUGUGUGGUUAUUUUUGAGUGAACUGUCCCUUUAAGCACUUUUUUCUUACCUUCUUCAAGUGUAAAUGUAUCCAUUUUUCUAAAGAUGUUUAUAUGUUUUGGCAAACAAGAAAAGUUUUAUAUUUAGGCGACACAAACCAUCUUCCAUUGUGCACGCUCAUACACACUCACUUUGCUUCGUCGUACUUUUCAACCUCCUGCCCAGCUCACCAUAAACCCAUUCAUCAAUCCGUACAUGACCUUGAAACAAAAACUGGUGCAAAUCAUGCCGUCCUUGAGAACUGGCCAAUACUGAACUGAUGGUGGCGCGUGUGUGUGUGUGUGUGGUCGCGAGAGACUUUUAAAGCUGUAGAAACCAAAGGAUCUUUAGCACAUCGUAUGAUGUGAGUGUAUUUGUGAAAUGCUUUGAGCCCGACCUGGUGCUGCUUGACUGCUGUUAGCCUACAGUUCCUCUGAUGUGCGCGUCCUGUAGCCUCAGAUCUUUAGAUUCAGUUAAAAACAACUAACUUAGACGCCCCAUUGCAGCCUGGUACCUGUGAAGGUAAAUAACAUUUUCCAGAAAAAAGAAGAAGAUCAUUUUGGUUAAACUAAGCCUCUUGAACACAUUAAACACUGAAGAUAGACAAAUAAUCAACACUAUUGAUAUGCAAAGUUGCUACGCCAGCUUCUAAAGAUUACAUUUCCAUUAAAGGGACAGUUCAUGCAAGAAAUAACAACAUUGUCAUCAUUUAACUGGAGGUUGUUUUUUUUUUUUCUCCACAUAAUGAAUUUCAAUGGGGUCCAAUUUUGUUUGGACCCCUUUGACUUGCAUUGCAUGGACAAAAUACCUUCUUUUAAAUUCUACAUAUGAAAAUCUGUCUGGUUUGGGAAGACACACGGAUGAGGAAAUGAUGUCAGAGUUGUCAUUUCUUGUGGGGUGAAUGAUCCCUUUAAGCCUAACCCGUAGCCUCCGUCUGCUUUUGUUAUAAAGCUUCCACGACUAACGGCUCAUUGUCUUUUUAUCUGCUGAGAGUUCAUAUUGUCCUCCUUUAACGUGUUAUUUUCUGUUCGUUUAUUUAUGGCUGUCCGUUGUAAACAUUGUGUGUAAGGUUUUUUUUAAUUGUCCUCUUUACGUUUGUUUUCUAUAUCUUUCAUAAAGACCUGUAUUUGUAUUUUAGUGCUUGCAUCGAAAGAGCUGAUGACGUCAGUUCAAAUAUGCUUAUUUACGGUUUUCGUUUAUUUCCCCCAUCACAAAAGCUCUACAAAUGGUUUCCUUUGUAGAUUACUGCGAUGUUUGUCAACCCAAAAAUGUCAUUCGUCCCUUUUAAAGUCACACGGACCAAAUAUUUAGGGGGUUGGUGUCCCUUGUUCGCCCCUUCGAAUGACUGCCAAACUGUCACUGAAGCAAUAAAGCCUGCCCAGAUUGGUCCUCUAUGGGGCAUCAGGUUGCCUUUAGAGGAGCCACUAGUGCCUGUCAAACAAACUGUACAAUCUUUAACUCACUCAUAAUCAGGCUCACUGUAUUCAGAGUAUUUUAAUUUCACCGCUAUCUUUAUUCUAUCGCAGCUUGUCUGCUCGAAUACAAAUCCGACCAGCUACUUGAAGUCAAAAGGUGGAGGGCAAUCACUUCUUCAGUGUGGUUUCUUUUUGUGUUUGGGCUAUUGCCCCUGUGACGGCAGUAGUGCUCUUGUGUUUUGCGUCACUCUUUAGCUGCAGGCAGCUCCGCUCACUGUCAUACAUGUAAACUCCAACGACAACCUCUGAUGCUUUAUAGACCGUUUGUAUGCUGCAUGGUACCUUUAUUAUGUUACACAUGUAAUAGUCAAUUGCACUAUUGUUUGUACAGCUAACUUAAAUGUGCAAUAAUGCAAAAGGAUGAAUACUGUAUGUAAUAAAAAGCAGCACCAUUGCAAUAUCA